AUGGCUCAGACUAUCGCCAGAGGAUCGGGCCGAGAUGAUCAACUAGAGAAUAUCGACCAGGCCUUCCAGAACUUCACGAAAGAAUACAAUAAGAAGUAUGAAACGGACGAGCAGUACCAGGUUGCAAAGGCUGCUUUUGCAGAAAGCAUGAGAGAGAUAGAGGAAUUGAGAGCAAAUGGCGAUAUAACUCAUGAGGUCGGCCUCAAUGAAUAUGCCGAUGUACCAUCCGGAGUAUUCGAUAAAGCGUUCCAGUGCGCUACAGAUCCGCAGUUUAGAGAAAACCUGCGCUCAGUCACUUACCCACAAGACGAGAUAGAAGCUCCUCCCCCGUCGGUUGACUGGGAAGCCGCUGGUGCUUUGGCUCCAGUCAGGGAUCAAUCGACUCGGCUGAACAAAUGUGGCGCUUGUUAUGCCAUCGGCGCUACAGUCGUUUUGGAGAGCCGUUUCAAGAUACAGACCGGCAUUGCUAAAGUGGUUCCGUUCUCAGUUCAACAAAUAGUUGAUUGUAGUAGAGCCUACAAAAAUGAAGGUUGCGAUGGAGGUACCGCCAAGUGGUCAUAUCUGUACACGAAGGAUAGUGGUAUAGUGCGAGCCAGGAGCUACCCCUAUAAAGCUAAGGUUGGCGCGUGUAAGAAUUCCAUCACUAGGGAUCCAAACCUGAAGUGUCUCAAGUAUGGUGAUAUCGAUAGAAUCGUUAACGUACCAGCGGCCAACGAGGCUCUCAUGAUGCAAGCUGUAGCUACCGGGCCAGUGGCGGUUAAUCUGUAUGCUUCCGCCCCGCCAUUCAAACAUUACAAAGGCGGGAUUAUCACAGCCAAGACCUGCGGAGUGUCUACCCCGGUCCAUACGGUAACUAUCGUUGGUUACAACACUUCAUCGGAUGGAAUUCGGUAUUGGAAAAUUCUCAACUCCUGGGGGAAGUCUUGGGGAAUGAAAGGCUUCGCUUACAUCGAACGAACUGGCAACGAGCCCGGUAAGUUUCAGUGA